AUGCAGUUGAAAAAUCUAAAAGAUCUAAUGCAGCUGAUCAAUCUAAAAGAUCUAAUUCAGCUGAUCAAUCUAAAACAUCUAAUGCAUUUGAUAAAUCUAAAAGAUCAAAUGCAGUUGAUCAAUCUAAAAGAUCCAGUGCAGUUGAUCAAUCUAAAAGAUCUAAUGCAGUUGAUCAAUCUAAAAGACCGAAUGCAUAUGAUCAAUCUAAAAAACCCAGAACAGUUGAUCAAUCUAAAAGAUCAAAUGCAGUUGAUCAAUCUAAAAGACCCAGUGCAGUUGAUCAAUCUAAAAGAUCUAAUGCAGUUGAUCAAUCUAAAAGACCGAAUGCAUAUGAUCAAUCUAAAAAACCCAGAACAGUUGAUCAAUCUAAAAGACCUAAUGCAGUUGAUCAAUCUAAAAGACCUAAUGCAGUUGAUCAAUCUAAAAGACCGAAUGCAGUUGAUCAAUCUAAAAGAUCUAAUGCAGUUGAUCAAUCUAAAAGACCCAGUACAGCUGAUAAAUCUAAAAGACCUAAUGCAGUAG